AUGGAUCCUCAAGAUACGUUAUCAAAGAGCUACACAGAUAGCAUAUUCAGCUAUCUCUACGAACAGGACAACGAUGUAGAGAGUCUAUACAAUAACAACUUAAACAGACAUGGUACAAAUCAGUCAAUUAGUUCUAAUUUGAGCCACUUCAACUCGACUGGUUACACCACGCCUAUUAUCGCAAUUCCAAAGAUCAUGGCAGAUGAUAACAACGCAGCAAGACAGACACGAGGCUCCUCCCUUUACUCCUCCCCAAGACACUAUCCCAACGGCGACGUGCGCUCGCUUGAUCAGUAUUCGAUAGACAACGAGAGCCAAGACGACGACGAUGACGGUGCAGUGACGCCCUUGCCCAAAGUACAGAUGUUGGUGAUUUCAAUCUUGCUGUUUAGCGAGCCACUGACAUCUACUAUUCUGUUUCCCUUUAUUUAUUUUAUGAUCAAAGACUUUCAUUUGUCCAAUGAUGAAAAGGAAAUUGGCGCUUACGCAGGAUGGAUAACAUCUGUCUUUUUUAUUGCGCAAUUCUGCACUGCCAUUAUGUGGGGCAGAGUGUCGGAUAGAUAUGGCAGAAGACCAGUGCUGCUUACAGGGCUGAUUGGCAAUACAAUCUCAUCUUGCAUGUUUGGUCUCAGUAAGAGUCUAUGGUGGGCUAUUGGCGCAAGAGCUCUGUGCGGCAUUAUGAAUGGCAAUUCAGGUGUUGCUCGCAGCAUGGUCAGUGAGAUCACGGACAAUACAAACAAAGCAAAGGCAUUCUCCAUCUUUGGUUUUUGCUGGGGUGCAGGCAUGAUUGCUGGUCCAGCAUUAGGUGGUUAUCUCGCCAGGCCUGUGGAGCAAUUUCCUGGCUUAUUUGGUAACUCUGUGUUCCUGACAAAAUACCCUUACUUUCUGCCUUGCUUUGUAUCUUCAUGCGGAUCCAUGAUUGGUUUCGUCAUUGGCUACUUUUACCUAAAGGAGUCGAACCCCAAUGUGCUGGCUGACAGAAAGUGGGAGGCGGAUGCCAACGAACGUACGGCUCUCUUGGCAACCAAUAACGACGCUACCACCAUGGAUGAAUCUGUGACCAAGAGAAUACUGCCAAAGAGUGGAUCCAUGCGUCUAGUGACUCAGACAUCAAUCAUUAUCAUUACCGCCUAUUCUGUCUUUGGUUUUCAUGCUAUGGUGUUUGAUGAAGUACUGCCUUUGUAUUUCACUGCUCCAGUGGCUGCUGGUGGCCUCGGCAUCACACGCACUGAUUUUGCAAAGGCUCUGUCUUUCUUUGGUGUCAUCCAGCUCAUCUUUCAGUUUGGCAUCUAUCCUCGAUUGACCAAAUACUACUCCACACUAGUGCUGUGUAGAUUGGCUUUCCUCGUCUUUAUUCCAGUGUACUUUUUGUUUCCUGAACUAAGCACAAUCAGAGACUGGGUGGCAGGCAAUAUCAGUGGUGAAGCAAGCGAGGAUUGGACAUUUCGAUUUGCCUACUUGUUUUUGAUGCUGAUCCGAUAUGCUGGAUGUUGUUUAGCCUACACUGGUUUGGGUAUCAUGGUGAGCACAUCUGCUGCUCCAGAAAUUUUGGGAACAGUCAAUGGUAUUUGUCAGUCUUGUUUAUCGCUGGUGCGAGCAUUAGGCCCUACAUUUGGUGGUACACUGUGGUCCCUAUCCAUCAAAGACGGCAAUGUCUUCCCUCUGGACAGACAUUUAGUCUACUACAUCAUUGGAUGUCUGUCUAUCUUCAGCUUUCUGCAAAGUUUCUAUAUACCAAAAAGUGUUGCAUUAGGUGGCAAUCAAAAACGCUGA